ACCUGUUGCAGUUUCCUUGGCUACGUGGGUCCCGGGAGUCCAGACACCAUGCCUAUCCGUGCGCUGUGCACUAUCUGCUCCGACUUCUUCGACCACUCCCGCGACGUGGCCGCCAUCCACUGCGGCCACACCUUCCACCAGAAGUGCCUAAUUCAGUGGUUCGAGACAGCACCAAGUCGGACCUGUCCACAGUGCCGAAUCCAGGUUGGCAAAAGAACCAUCAUCAAUAAGCUUUUCUUUGAUGUUGCCCAGGAGGAGGAGAAUGUCUUGGAUGCAGAAUUCUUAAAGAAUGAACUGGACAAUAUCAGAGCCCAGCUUUCUCAGAAAGAGAAGGAGAAACGGGAUAGCCAGGCCAUCAUCGACACUCUGCGGGACACACUGGAAGAACGCAACGCCACUGUGGAAUCUCUUCAGCAGGCUUUAGACAAGGCUGAGAUGCUGUGCUCCACACUCAAAAAGCAAAUGAAGUACUUGGAGCAGCAACAGGAUGAGACCAAACAAGCCCGGGAGGAGGCCCGCCGACUCAGGAGCAAGAUGAAGACCAUGGAGCAGAUUGAGCUCCUACUCCAGAGCCAGCGGCCUGAGGUGGAGGAGAUGAUCCGAAACAUGGGUGUGGGACAGUCAGCGGUGGAGCAGCUGGCUGUGUACUGCGUGUCCCUCAAGAAAGAGUAUGAGAAUCUGAAAGAGGCACGGAAGGCCUCAGGGGAGCUGGCUGACAAGCUGAAGAAGGACUUGUUUUCCUCCAGAAGUAAGUUGCAGACAGUCUACUCUGAGUUGGAUCAGGCCAAGUUAGAGCUGAGGUCGGCCCUGAAGGACUUACAGAGUGCUGACAAGGAAAUCACGAGCCUGAAAAAGAAGCUAAAAAUGUUGCAGGAAACCUUGAUCUUGCCACCGGUGACCAGUGACACUGUCAACCGCCUGGUUUUAGAGAGCCCAGCUCCUGUGGAGAUGCUGAACCCGAAGCUGCACCCACCAUCCUUCAGUGAUGAGAUUGAUCUCAAUGCUACCUUUGAUGUGGAGACCCCCCCUGCCCGGCCCUCCAGCUCCCAGCAUGGCCACUCCAAGAAGCUCCACCUGGAGAAAUCACACUCUCCUGUUCAGAACAUCCCCAAGAAGAUACCCAAAUGUUCCAAACAGGAGUCCCAGCUCUCACUGGGUGGCCAGCGCUGUGCAGGAGAGCCAGAUGAGGAACUGGUUGGUGCCUUCCCCGUUUUCAUCCGGAAUGCCAUGCUGGGCCAGAAACAGCCCAAGAGGACCAGAGCAGAGUCCUGUCGCAGCAAAGAUGUGGUAAGGACAGGCUUCGAUGGGCUUGGAGGCCGGACAAAAUUCAUCCAGCCUACUGACACAGCUAUGAUCCGCCCACUGCCCAUUAAGCCCAAGGCCAAGGCUAGGCAGAGAGUAGGAGUGAAGACAGUACACUCUCCCUCCCAAGCCAAGCUGGACACCUUCCUGUGGUAGUGAGAACAGUGAGUCUGAGCAGUGGCCAGACUCAUGCCAAGGACUGGCCAGGCAGGGCAUUUUUAGGGGAUAGUUCCUUCUCCAGGACCAGUCCUAGGAGCAAGGGCAAACAAGCAGGUGAGGGUGAGAGUGAUGCCCAGAAACUGUGCUCUUCCUGUCCUCACCCUGUCCCCAUCUCUGCCAUACCGGACCUACCUUUGGGGGCUGACAUGACCAG